AUGGGCAACCAACUGUCUCAGAUGUUUCCGCCCAAGCCGGCAUUCACAGAGGCAAAUUUUCCUUCUGGCUCCUUAAAAGACAAGGUCUUCAUCGUGACUGGCGCCUCAGCUGGCGUCGGUAAAGAGCUCGCACGCCUACUGUACUCUCUCCAUGGCACCGUCUACCUCGCAGCACGCUCCAAGGAACGCACCGAUGCCGUCAUCUCCUGGAUCCGCGAGACCCACCCGGACUCUCAAGGCCGACUGGAGUUCCUGUACGUCGAGCUCGCGGACCUGGAAAGCAUCAAGCCUGCCGCCGAGCAGUUCCUGAGCAAGGAGAAGCGACUCGAUGUCCUGUUCAACAACGCAGGCGUCAUGGUUCCACCACAGGGCUCGACGACGAAGCAGGGGUACGAAGUGCAGCUCGGCACGAACUGCUUGGGGCACUACGCAUUCACCAAGCUACUGACACCGCUGCUGAUCCAAACCGCCAAGAGCAGCGAGGCAGGCAGCGUGCGCGUGAUCUGGGUGUCGUCGAGUGCCGUCAUGAACGCGCCGAAAGGGGGAGUGGACAUGGCGAAUUUAACUUACGCGCAGGACAAGUUUGCGUUCCAGAAGUACGCCAUCAGCAAGGCCGGGAAUGUUCUGCAUGCGCUGCAGUUCCGCAAUCUGUACGAGAAGGACGGCAUUACCAGUGUCAGCUUAAACCCUGGGAAUCUAUCCUCGGAUCUCACACGCCACGCUGGAUUGCUCGGCGUACUUAUUGUUAAGCUCCUCACGUACCCAGCUGUGAAUGGAGCAUAUACAGAGUUCUUUGCAGGUCUGUCGCCAGAAGUCAAGGACUUGAAGCAGAACGAGUGGGUGAUCCCCUUUGGACGUAUCUCUCCUCUGCGAACCGACUUGGCAGAAGCAGGGCACAAUGGUGGGAGGGCCGAGGAGUUCUGGGCGUGGAGUGACGAUCAGGUCAAGUCGUACUUGUGA